UCGUUUUCUAUGUGUACUUCAAAUAAUAAUCGAGGAUUAUUUUCAAAAUUGUUCGUGCUUUUGGAUUAAUUUUUCUUAAUCCUGUUUUAAAUAACAACGAAAGUUGCAUAUUAAAACGAAAUAAAUUAUUUUUAUCAAUAUUAUUUAGCUGAGAUAAUUAAAAAUAUUUAGUGUGUACAGUGGUGAACAUUGACAACAAAUAAAAAGACUAAAACUUUGUUUUUGAAUAUGGCAUUACCGCAAAAUUGUAAGCAAUUAUCUGGAUCGACUAUGAUGCCUGGAACGCCGGGAAAUCAUUCGCAUAUGAUGUCCUCUUCACCCGUUACUUUCAACAUUUUGAAAGAACGGCUGCGUGCAUCUGGUGGAUCAAGUCAAUCAGAUCGAAAUAAGGAUUCGAAUCCAUUUUCUCACAAUAGCCAUGGUAAUCCAGCUUUUACACCACAAAAAGUCAGCAAAACCUCAAACAUUUUUGAUCCAAAGACACCUAGACCACCAAAACCACCAGAAAAACCAUUAAUGCCAUACAUGAGAUAUUCACGUCGUGUUUGGGAUAAUGUCAAAACCGAAAAUCCCGAUCACAAGUUAUGGGAAAUCGGAAAAAUUAUUGGUUUUAUGUGGCGUGAACUACCUUCAAGGGAACGACAAGAGUACAUUGAUGAAUAUGAACAAGAAAAGGCAGAGUAUGAUAAAGCGUUGAAAGCAUAUCACAAUUCACCAGCAUUUUUGCAAUAUUUGGCAGCCAAGAACAAGGCAAAAGCAAGUAACGAAAAUGACUCGCACGACACACCGUCACGGCCAACAAAAGCAUCACAACAAGAUCGUCGCAUUGAUAUUCAACCAGCUGAAGACGAAGAAGAUCAAGAUGAUGGCUAUUCCGUUAAACACGUCGCAUAUGCUCGUUUUGUACGCAAUCAUCGUCUUAUCAAUGAGAUUUUCUCGGAUAUGGCUGUGCCAGAUGUACGCACCGUUGUCACUACCAAUCGUAUGAUUGUUUUACGCAAACAAGUUAAUUCAUUGACUAUGCAUCAAAUGAAACUAGAAGCUGAACUAUUGCAAAUGGAAGAGAAAUUUGAGGCAAAAAAGCGAAAAUUGAUCGAAUCAAGUGAAUCAUUUCAAGAAGAACUGAAAAAGCAUUGCAAGCCGGCUGUAGAUGAUGAAACGUUUCAAAAAAUGGUAGACCGUCAGUAUGAGUUGAUGCAUAGACCACGAAUGAUAGAUGAAAUGAAUAAUACAAAGAUUUUAACAAGACCAGAUGAUGUAGAAAUGCAAAAUAGUGUUGAGCAUCAAGCACCAAAUCAAGCUACCGAAGCACCAGUCAGUGAUCAUGAGAUGAUUGUCUUGCAUCAAUCCAUACAGCCAAUGAAAACAGAAAACUGUGCUGUGCCAGCUCAAAAUGAUUUGAAAAAGGAAGAAUUGACUACAAACACCGAAUCAACAACAUCAGAACCAGUACCAAGUGAUACAGAAAAGGAACAAGAGCAAAAAGAACCCGAACCGCAAGAUGUCCCAACAGUUGCACCGUCGACAAUUCAACCAGUCGUGGUUGCAAAUGAGCCCGAAAUUGAAAAAACGGAAAAAGAAAAGACAUCCGAACCUCCAGAAGAAACAACACCAUCGCAACAACAGCAACAGCCACCAGCCGAAGAAAAACCAGCUGCAGAGCCAGAAACAACCGAGAAAGAUGAGAAGGAACAAAUUAGGGAGAAUUCGGAGGCCACAACGCCAGACAAUAAAGAAUCAAAACCGUCUCCAGUUGAAGCGCUCAAUUCAAGUCAGCUGUUGACUACAUCAGAAAGUACACCAGUACCAACAAAAGAACAAACAUCACCGGCAACAGUUCCUAAUAGUACACCUGUUCAACCAAAUCAAAUUCCACCACCACACGCUGGAAUGAUGCCUCCACACCAAGCACAUCCAAACUAUCCAGCUGGCUAUCCUCCGCGCACAUAUCAACAUCAACAGCAGAAUCCGCAAUAUGCGUCACAAUAUGCGCCUGGUCCUCAAUACGGCUACCCAAUGUAUCCGCAUCCACCAACUAAUUACCAACCAUAUUAUCGACAGGGACCGCAUUAUCCAUCUGAGCACGGAGCUCCCGUAAUGCCACCAGGCCCGAAUCCAGUCAUGAAUGAACCACCUCAAAUGUACGGACCAUUACCACCAGGUCAACCACCACAACAACCGCAACAACAGUCACCGUCACAACCAGCACCAACUCCAAUGGAAAUUGAGGCAAACGAAAAAGACAAAAAACCAGAAUUCGUCAAUGGUGACACCUCAUCAAAACUGGAUACACCAGCGGAAUGAUGAUCAAUAUUUUCUGGAGCACCACGAAAUAAUAAAAAGCGCAAGAAAUUAGGAACAUAAUUUUUUCUUGAAAUUUCGUAGAAAAAUAUGAAAAAAAUAAUGAUAAUUCAAUAAUAUAAAAUCCAACAAAAUUUCAGCAUUGCACACAUAUGUGCUUUAUUUUAUUUCGCAUAAUAAUUUCAAUAAAUGUAUUUUUAAUUUGGACUGCUCAUAUAAAAUAGUAAUAAAGAACGUAAGUAUAUAAA